GCUUUAUACACACCUGACACAAGAAGCAAGAGCAUUGCAAUUUACAAAGAAUGGCAACUCAAUGGCAACCUUUCAAAACGUCAAGAAGAAUCUGUGUUGAAGCUAUGCUUCUUUAUAUAAUAGUGUACCAGUGCAGGUGGUGUGAGGGGUUGGUAGAGAGACGGGCCACCAUCAGAGUGAAAGUGGGAGACAGCAUCUCAUUUCCUGUCUCACCCGAAUCUGAUCAAAGCUACAGUGUUGACCUAGUUUUUAAUAUAACUAGAAUAGUUUUAUGGAGUCCUCAAAUAGUAUUUCAAGUUCAUGAACAAUAUAAGGGAAGGAUCAGUAUGAGCAAUGCCUCAAUAUGGCUGAACAAACUAAACAUAUCAGAUUCUGGCUUGUAUCGAGUUAAAAUUGAAUAUAUAUCUGGAGGUCUAAUGGAACCAGAGAAUACAUACUUUCACCUGCAGGUUUUUGAGCCCAUCUCUAAACCCAACAUCACAGCAGAGUGCCUGGGGAAUAAUGUCAGUCUCAGUUGCUUCAGUCAGGGGACUGAAGUGACUUACAGCUGGGAAACUCUGCCCCCCUGUGGUAAUGACAGCUGUGUGCAGCUGGGCCAAACUAUUCACCUCCAGUUACACCCCCACCAUCCCUCCACAACAUACACGUGCACCGCCCAUAACCCUGUCAGCAAAGCCUCCAGUGAUUCUACUGAUCUGGAAAAGUGCUUCACCUCAGGAUCACAAGGAAGAUGGAUUCCAGCCUUGUGUGCCUCAUCUAUUUUCAUUGUCUUCGGAGCACUAGUACUGCUGUACAUGAGGAAAAGGCAAACACAAUGUAAAAGGGAACCAAUUCAAGAGGCAGUCAUGGAGGAGGAGCCACCAUCUGCAAUGCCUUCUAUUGAUCCAGUAUAUGUGAGCAGGUCCUGUUCAGUUUAUCUCAGUAACAAAUGAUGGACCCUUUUCACAGACUGAAUAUGCAAGCAUUAGGAAAGGCAAUGAGCAAUGUGAGCAUGCUGUAAAGAGAAGACCUGUCUCGUUGUGAAGAAUCAGGCUUUCUCUCUGUGGUGUAUCUCUUGUGACUAGUGAGAUCGUCA